AUUUUAGUUUACCAUUGGAGUACGACUGCAACAAAAUGGCAGCCUCCAGGAAUAAAGAUUACCUUGUUUCUUUUCUCAAUGAACAUUUCAGCGACAAACGAUCCUUAGAAAAGUUACAGACUUUAAGUGAAGAGUACAAAAAACAGUGUGAAAUAUUAGAAAGCAAGGUAGGCUUAUUAUUUAUUAUAGUUAGAAGAAAAUGUGAAUUUUGUAGCUAAUACAGUCUUACGGCUUACGUCUUAGUCUUAGCGUCUUAGCUUAUACUUAUAAUACUUAGACUUUAGUCGAGUAUAGACGUCUUAGUCUUAGUAACUUAGUCUUAGACUAGACUGUGCCGUAAAAUAAAAUAAAUAAAAAGAUUAAUAUUAAAUAUUAAUAAUUAAUAUAAUUAAAUAAACAAAAGAACUGGAACUGAAAAUAAAAGUUAAAAGGCAAAGGCCUCUAAUUUUAGCCCACUGCCUGCCUCUACUCAGACUCAGAGCUUUGAGUUUGAGGUAUUUCGUAUGUUACAGUUAUAGUUAUAGUAUAGUGUACUGUUUAGUAUAAGUAUAAUAUAAUCAGUAUAUAAAUAUAUUAAUACAGUAUUGUAUUAGAAAAGAAAAUGUGAAAUUUACAAUAAAAAUUGAAAACUUAAAAACAAAAUUAAUUAAUGAAAGAAUUCUGCAAUACUCUAACUACUACAUAUGUCUGAUCAUAUGAGUCAUAUGCCUGAGCCUGAUUUAAUAUUAUUGUUAUACAUAAUUAAUUUUAAUUAUUAUUAACAACACAAUAUGAUUUGUGAGUGUGAAAAGCACAAACUCAUUUUUUGGCUUUGCUUGGCCUUGUGAUCCAACCAAAAGUGUUGAACUUUGCAGGUUCAGCCAUAAGACUGAUCAUUUGAUCAUGCAGAAUAAUUUGAAAGAAGACUAGUCUAUACACAUUUAAAAUAAGAAUAAAUAAGAAGACAAACUGGUAUUGCUUACACGUUUUCAUGUCUUUCAUUUUCAUGUUUCUGAAAUAGUAUGAAAUGAAAAUAUUUUUAUCGUGCUUGGCUUAUUAUUCUGCAUUUGCAUGCACUUCAUUUACAUCAACAUAUAACUACAUGUUCAGUAUUUUACAAAUAUACAAGUUCAAUAACCCUGGGAGUCCCAUUGCCUCAGUAUGCUCUUGUCCCACUUAGCAUAUGCAUAUAUCAGAAUUCCUUGGAGUUUUUUUUAAACCCAUCAUAGCUUCACUGCCCAUUUAUAUCAAAGAUAUUAACCAUGCUUUGAUGAAAACUUUUGGAUCCGUCAUCAUCCCUCCUGAAAAGAAAGAUAAUCGAUUUCUGCUUGAUGUAUGCUCUGUACAUUUUCUCUAUAUACUUCGAUCCAUCAUACUGAUGGUCUUUUAGCUUAGAAUUCUUUUUAGAACGUAAACCCCAUCUGUAUAUAUUAAUGUUUGCAAUUUUUUGGACUUUGCUAAUUUUUAGUCCACUUAAAAGCUGAUGUUUUAAAAAUAUUGUCAGUACACGCCUAGAGUAUUAGAAGAAUCUCCAUUGAAAAAAAAUCAACUUCAUAUGGCUUGGUCUUGAGAUCUCGUUAUCAGUGAGUGAGUGGUAUUUGGCUUUAAUAUAUAUAUUUAUUUAAAAAACAAUUAUAUUGCAUCUAUUCAUGAAUAAUGUCUACUUAUGCCAUUUUCCAAGGAGCUGCUAUGACCAUCAACUAUUGGAUGACAAAUAUGGCAUGUAACUUUUCAAUUCAAUGUAACUUUGCAGAUGGCGAUGGGGUUCGGCUUUUGAUGGUUGCGAAUAGAGGCUAAUUUUUCUGCUAGUUCACAUGUUUCGGAAUCGAAGGAGCACUUGGUUCUCUUUCUUCACCCAGUUAUUGUAAUACUAAUGGUUUAUCCUUACACUUCAUAACUCUCAAUAAUUAAUUUUUUUAAAUUCAGCUAUCUUUAGCCUGCACUGAAAUCCCUGCAGAAAUCGACAAGGCCAUUGCUGCUGCUGAAUCAACAUCAAAGAAAAUUGUCAGUCUUGAAAAAAAACUUGAAUCUGUUCGUCACAAUGUUUUGGAUCACACUCACUCUAUCAAACCCAUGGUUGGAGAGCUUGGUGCAUUAGUUGAUAGAGUCCAGGAAGUGCAAAGGUAUGCCCACUACCUAAGUGCUUUGGGCAAGAUUGAGGAUGUAAGGUUAGUAAUUAAGACUCUUUUUAAAAAAAAAAAAAUUUCAUAAAAAUGUUUGAAAAAUAUGAAUAAAAAAAAUUAUUUUGUUUCAGAAAAAAGUCAUUGAUUUUUUUUGUUUGUGAUAAUGAAUUAUUUUAUUUUACAAUAUUUUUUUGAUAACUAUGUACAUUAUUUUUAUAUUAAUACUCAAAUUCAAUCUGUUUCAGUUCAGUAAAAAAAAACAAUUUAAAAUAAGAUGUUUGUACUCGGCAUGUGUUCCACUUAUAUAUAUUUAAAAAUAUAUUUAGUACAUGACUGAAUGCUUUUUUACUCCUAUGAAAAUAGAUAUGAGAUCAUUUAAAAAAAAUUUUUUAUGCAAAUUUAAAAAUAUUUGUUGAUUGUCAGAUAUCUAAACUUCACGUUCUCAUUUCCUUCAAAUAGCUCUCAAAUUCAAGCAUCACUGAUGACAGAAUCACUAAGUUCUGCUGUUGACAGCUUUAAUGAAUUGACAAGCCUCUAUGAAGUACUUCAAUCGUCUUCUUGUCAUAACCUUCUUGUUUAUGUCAAAGACACUAUACUCUUUUGGAACAAAAUACUCAGAGAUCGAAUAGCAAUGUAAGAAAUUCAGAACAAUGUUAUUUAAAAUUCCUCAUUACAAAUUCAACUUACUGUGUUGGAUUAAGUAUAAAACUUAUUAUUCACAUGUGUUGUAAAUAUUAGUUAAAUAAAUACAAUUUAAACAUUAAUUUAUAUGCAAUAAAGCCAUCAAUUAUAUUGAGACAAAAGAAAAAUAUAUAACUAAAAAUACAUGAAAUAAAUUGUAAUGUCACAAAUUGUAUUUAUCCUUAUAGAGAAUUUGAAGAAGUUUUGAAAGUUUUGAGAUGGCCACUUGUUGUGACAACCAUAAAAGCACCUUCUGUGACCAAUGUGAAGGAAUUAAAGGACCGAAUGGGGAAACUGUUUAAAAAGCUGUUAAAUCUGCAGUUGCCGUAUCCUUUCAUUCCAAGCCGAUCUUCUCCCCAUGUGUUCAACGGGAGUAGCUAAUUCUUAAUUCAUCAAACCAUUUUUAUUUGUAAAGUGUUGAAAGUCUUUUGAAAAUUUAUUAUUUAACUAAUAGUUGGAACAGGUUAGAAAAAAUAAUAUGUCAGCAUAUGUUUUGUGCCAUUCUGACCUUAACUGAUUUAAUUAGAGACACCAUAAGCCUUGAGAAUUCUGGGGUACAUCCAAUGUUACUGAAGAUUGGUGGCAUUAAACCAUUGCUUCUUCCACUAGAGUUGAUGCUUAAACCUCUCAGAAAAAGAUUUCACUAUCAUUUUUAUGGACAAAAGCAAACCAACAGCCUGGAAAAGGUUAGUCAAUGCUACUGUUUAGUUUUCCAGUUAUAAGUAAACACUUUUUAUUAUCAUUUCAAUCGUUUGAGCCUCUCACAUUUGUUAACAUUUUUACAAGACAAUUAAUAGCAUGGGAGUAAUAAAUUAAAACUUGUUAAGUGCAUCUUAACUCAAAUGAGAACUUAUAAUUGAAUUAUUUUCUGAAAUUAAGCAGAUAUAAAAUGUAUUAAUUAAAAAACGAAGAAGGUACUUUCCCCCACAGUAAAUGUGGAAAACAAGUGCAACGGUAUGACAAGCAGUUGCUGUGUCAAAUAUGGGCCGAAGUAAUUUUAAAAAUUGAGAUGAUUUAUGGGUCAAAAACAAGGGCCAUGAAAAAUAUGAACGAGUUUGUGUUGUGUGAAACAAAAUUUUAUACGAAAUAAAAUUUUUAAUUUUUGCUUGCAAGUUUCUGUAUGUAGAAUGAGAGGCCAAAGGCAAAACAAAUUUUGGCGCAGCGCCCCCCCCCCCCUUAAAAAAUGGAUCUAUUUUUAGAAUUUUGCUAAACGAAACAUCUUAUUAUCCAUAAAGCCUGAGUGGUACCUGACUCAAGUUUUAACCUGGAUACGCGAUCAUAGCGACUUUCUUGAGAGGAACAUUCAACCCCUUUUAGAUGAGGCAGGAAAAGGAGAUAUCUGUGCAAGAGUAAGUCAAGUUUGUUAAUUUAAAAUAAAUGUCCAUAGAUUAAUGUCAUUUAAUGUUUCAUACAAAUAGAAUAGUAAAAUGUUCAUACACAUAGAAUUUCUUAGAUAUUUCUUUUUUUUUUUAAUUUAAAUGUAGUAUUGUUCCCAUAUGUAGUAAUGUUCCCAUAAGUGAUAAUGUUCCCAUAAGUGAUAAUGUUCCCAUGUGUUGCAAUGUUCUCAAGUGUAGUAAUGUUUCCAUGUGUUGCUAUUUUCCCAUGUGUUGCAAUUUUCUCCUGUGUUGCAAUUUUCUCCUGUGUGGUAUUGUUUCCAUGUGUAGUAAUGUUUCCAUGUGUAGUAAUGUUUCCAUGUGUAGUUUUGUUUCCAUGUGUAGUAAUGUUGUAAUUUUGUGUUUAAAAUACAUCAAGUUUUGCUUGUGGUUCCCAGACAGAGCUCACACGUGGUCUUGUGAUGUUGGUGAUGGAGAAAAUUGGCAAUGAUUUACCCCAGCUUGUCUACGACGAGGCCAGCUUCUCACAUCUGAUAGAUGAGGUUUUGCUCUUUGACAGUGAAGUCAGAAACACAUAUUCCUAUCCACCCAUUCUCCCCGGAUGUUUAGAUGUCUUAUGUUUACAAGAAGCUCUAACAAAAUGGCUGCUAGUGGAGAAAAAAUGUAGGACACUUCAUUAAAGUGGCGUCAGUUGUUAAGAUGUUAAUAACAGUAAAUUUUUAAUUCUGUUGUUGAACAAACUUUAGAGAAAAGAAUUUUGUUUUUUUACACACACAAAUGUUUGUUAAUAAUGUUAGGAUGCUUGAAUAACUAUAUAUAAGUUAUUAUAACUGUACCUAUUGAUAUCAAAUUAGUUCGUAAUUGUUAAAUGUCAAGUAACGAUACAAGAGCUCUCCAAGUCACAAAAAACAAAAAGUUCCACAAAAUAUGACUAGUUACAUGUAUUUCAAUUAAAUGUUUUAGAUAUUUACAAUAUAGAAUAAAUAUCUACAUUGUGUCUUACUCAAGUAAUAUGAUGUACUGAGGAGUAUUAAAAUGAUAUGUGUAAAAUGUUACCAGGAUCAUUGACUUGGUGUAAAUUAAUAAUAAAAAUGUUAAACUUUUAAUUUUAACCAAAUAACCCGAUUUAAUUAAAUAGGACUUUGAAAUAUGUUUUACUUUUAAAAUAAAAUUAACUUUUGUAUUUUCUUUAGUGCAUUUAUCAAAAAUGUUGAAUCUUGAAUAUUCAAAGCAUCAUUAGGCCAGGUACCACAUAUUUAACAGUUACCAGGUGCACAUAUGUCUGAUUUUCAUAGAUGCUAUGCAGAAAAUAGAACAGAUGCUGCAGUCACCCAGCUGUUGGGAGUCUCAGUACAAGGAUAUUGCAGAUCUGGAUGAGGUCAAAGUGCCAGAGUGCGCUGAAAGUUUUAUGACACUUCUACACACUAUAACAGGUCAGUGUUAUCUUGUUAGUAAAAAAAACUUCUACAGAUCACUACUGAUAAACUUGUUGAUAUCAAAACAAGCAAGGCUAUGUUUAAUUAUUAACUCUUCUCCUAAGGCCAAUGUUAGUGCCCUUCAUUAGUGUAGGCCAAAUGUUACUUACGCCUUUAACUCCAUUUUGGGCAUAGGCUGUCUACAAGAAUUUUCCAUUCAUCCUAGUCCAGUGUUUCCAGUUGCUUCUAGGUGUAUCCCAUACUUUGUGUGUCUGCCUCUAGCUCGCAUCUCCAUGUAUUCUUAGUCCUUCCUCUCUUUAUUUUCUCUUGUGGAUUCCAUGUUAGGGAUUGUCUGGUGAUGUUAUCUGGGGGUUUCCUGAGAGUGUGUCAUGUCCACAUCCAUCUUGUCUUUAUGAUGUCUUCAGCAACAGGCUUCUGGUAUGUUCUUUACAGUAAGUCUUUGUUGGUGAUGGAGUUUGGUCAUUUGAUGUUAAGGAAGGAUCUUUCUAAGGCAAGUGUUUAGGAAGGUCUAUACUUUUUGCGUAAUGCUCGCUAUUGUUCUCCAAGUUUCAGCUCCACAGAGUAGGACAGUUUUGACAUUUGUGAGGAAAAUUCUAACUUUGGUUUGCAGAUGGUAAUAAGGGGGAGAGACUGCAAUCAGGUUAGCAAAAAAGGAAAUGAGUAAAACAAAGAAUGGGAAAACCUGAAAAAAGGAACGCAACAAAACAAAGAAGGUGUCCGCAGGAAGUUUUCUUCAGCGUUCAAACAAAAACAAAAAACAGAAUUAAAUCAAAGUAGCACUUUGCUGAAAAGUAGUAACAGAGAGGGUAGUAAAAGAAUUAUUUUUGGUUGUGUAUUUUUAUAUAAAUUUAAUAGUAAAAUUAAAUUAAUAUUUUUAGAAUCACUAGCUUUGGUAUCAUUUUUCUUUGUUUACUGGUUUUCAGUCCUUUGUUACAUAUUGCUCAACACACGAGCCAAAUCUCAAAACUGUUUAAAUUUGCAAAACUAUGUAAUGGUACAUAAAAGUAUGUGCUGUGCUAGCGCAACGGGUAGAAACCUUUGGCUGCAUGUGGUUCCAUAAAUAAAUAAAUCAAGCUUUUUUUCUUUUAAAUUCGAUUUUUCCAAAAACCACUCAUGCGUGGCAAAAAAAUUAAAACUUAAAAAUAAUCUUUAAUUAAUUCCAUUUUUUACAAACAAAACAUUGUACAUUGAAUCUUUUUCUCAUCUUGCCCACUCCAAUAAAAUCAAACUUAUAUUUAUUUUACAAAUUUUAUCUUGGAACUACAAAAUUUGCAAAUUGUUAGGGCUACUAUCAAAUACAACUAAUAAUUAAAAUAUGUGUAAACAAGCCCUUUCAGCUGAUGUCAACGCAUGCGCCAUGAUAAAAAUAAGACAAGAUUGUGUAUAUUUAUUGCCAGCCAACAAUAUUCUGCAACUCUCAACAAACCCGUGAAAAUGAAACUUAUUACAGCAAGUAGCACGUGGUCUCAGGACGUUGAGAUUCCCUGUUACAAAUCCGCAGUGUGCACUUACCUUUAGAACAAUAAAUAGUGUUAAUGGGCCAUGAUAAUGAAAAUGAUAUUAGAAAUGAACAACUACAAGAAUUCCAUCACCAGAUCGCUACAAAAGAUUGCCGGUGUCUGAUGCCAAACUUCAGUUUCUAGGCCUCCAGCUGGAGCUGUUAGAAGAUUAUAGGAUGCGUUUAGUGCAGGUGAUGAAAGAGGCAGCCACUGCUCCUACAGGACAUGUUUUCUGUGCUGUGCUGAAUGCUGUACAUUAUGUGGUACAAGUACUUGGAGAGUGGAGUGAGCUAACAGUAAGGAAACUCUUUUCAAGGCAUUAAGGAUCAAUUGUGAUCUAUUUUAAAUGACAGUCAUAUCAGAAACUUUGGAUUAGAUGUUGUAAACAGGGUGCACUUAGUUCCUAAAGCCGAUAUUUCUCGGCAAAACAUUUCCUCAACUCUUUAUAAUCACGAAUAGUGAUAUUUAAACAAGCAUUUCACAAUGUGGGCCAUAAGGGUCCAUAAAAAAUUUGAAAAAAAUUACAUAAUCAUUAUAAAAAAAAUCUUUUUAAAAAAUAUUGAUAGGAGGUUAAAAAAAAUUGCAAAAAAAGUUGAGAAACACUGAUGCAAACUGUCUUUUUCCUGUUUGAACAGGCUACAGCUUGGUUAAGAAUAAAUACUCUGCCUGUAACUACAAUCAUAAUUUAGCUAGUAAAAAAUUAUUUUGAAAUUACAUUCUUUCACUAGUAAUAGUAAUUUGUUAGAAGUUUUUGGUAGUGUUUACAUACAUUAAAUAGUUAAUUUUAUUUAAAUUUAUUUGCUUUACAUUCUAAAAGAUAAAAAUAUUUAUUUCUAUUUCCCUAGUUUUUCCUCCAGCUGUUGUGUUACAAGCAGAAUAGAUCUCUAAAAACCACUUUGUAUGAGCCGCCAACAACCAAGUCCCAAACUUCUCCAGGCAGCAGAAACUCAUUUAGCCGAACAUCAGGGCAAGACUUGGAUGAAGAUGACAAUUUGGUUAGUUCAGGAUAAAUUUGAUCUUAAUUUUGUUAAUUUAUUAUUAUUAGACAGAAUUGUUGCAUGUAUCCAUAAGAAACAAACUAGUUCAUUGAAGCAUUUCCAAGCUGUAACUCACUAAAUGUUUAAGAGAGAUUCAACAAAUUUUACAGAAGAUGGUGUUAAAAAUAUUUCAUUAAAAAAAUUGUUUCAUAAAUGCAAUGUUUUAGAUUUUUAUUUGAGGAAGAUGAAGAGGAAGAAGUCCUUAAUUCUGAAAAAUAUUCUGUAAAAAAACACAUUAUUUAAAGCAAUACCAACAUAUGCAUUUACAGAAUGACAGCAAUUUUAUUCCUUUUACUUUACAAAAUGUUUAUUUACUAGUUACAUCAGAUAUCCAACUCAUCAAAUUUACUUUUAUCUUACAAUAUAGUUAUUUACUGGUUGCAUCAAAUAUCUUAUUCAUCGCUAAAUAAUUGCAAUUAAUAUUUUAAUGUAAGUCCUUUGUUUUGGAAUCUAUAAUUAGCUUUUUAAACCUAGGAGCAAGUGCUUGCUGAGCUGCCCAACUUGUCACUAGAGCACACAGUCUUUGAAGAGAUCAAUAGUUUGUUUGAAGGAAUGGAGACUGAUAUGAUCAAUACAGUCUGCAACUAUGUAUUUAUAGAUGUCCAGGCCAGGAGUCAGUCUUACAGGAAGGACAGGUAAAAGAAAAUAACUUGCUUGAACAAGUGUUUGUCUAGGCGUUUAUUUAUUAGCUGGCAAUGAUUCAAAAUGAAACAAACCACUUAAAUAGAUCAUUGCAUUGCUAAAUGUUUAAGAAAGCGUUUCAACAUUUUACAAGUGGACUAUAUACUAGAUAUUUGUUUUACCCAAAUAUUCAUUACCUGAUAGGGGAAUGUCUUUUCAAGACAUUUGUGGUGCUUGAAUCUUAUGAUUCCAAUAGUCAGGUUUAUCAUAAUAUUUCAGUACACAAAUUACAUUAUGAUAUUAUCAUAUUUAUGGAAAAAGAGUACCUGAUUAAAAAAAAUUAAUGAAUAUUCAUAAAUAUAUAAAUACAGACCUGUUUACUCUUACGAUUUUGGCGUACAAUGUACGAUUUUUAGGUGUAUAGGUUGUAUAUACUGUUUAUUUUUUUACUAUAACUAUAACAUAUUGAACGCUUUUGUGAUGAUAUUAUACGCUUUUAAGAGUUUGAGGGUAAACAGGUCUGUAAAUAUGUAUAGGUUAUGCAGGCCCGACAUCAAGUUUUUGAAGAGAUCUUGGCAGAAUUUGCCCUGAAAACAAAAAACCACAACACUCCAAUGUGUAGAGCACAUGACUUAUAUUCAUCAAAGGACUAUUUGUGUUACAUCAUACAUAAAAUGUUAUGAGACCAAGUGACCUUGUUCUCAGGUGGAUCUCCUUACCAGCACCAAAAGAAUUGUCUACAACACUUGGUUUGUCCCAGUCUGCCUGUGAGAUGUUUCUGGUCCUCAAAGACCACCUUGCCACAAUGGAGGGUCAGCUGAGCAAACAUUUGUUUGAUAAGUUCUGGCAUCGGUUGGCAAAAAGCAUUGAUGCUUUCAUUUUAAAAGAGGUACGAUUUUUGCUGUAGCUUAAUUAAUUGGUGCACCAUAUAAUAUAUAUUGAUGUUUAAAUUGUUUUUAAAACAAUCCACACUUUAGUUCUCACCUAAAUGUUAAAUAAUUUUUCUGAACAUUGGAAUAUGCAGGUGAUCAUGACGAAUCAUUUCAAUGAAGGUGGAGCCAUGCAACUGCAGUUUGAUAUAGUUAGGAAUCUCAUACCUUUGUUUGGGGACUACACUAACAACCCAGACUCCUAUUUUCGCCUGUAAGUUUGUUAAGUAAACCUUAUGGCCAAUUAUUAUUGGAUAUAGCUUACUAUCAUCUUGAUAUUUUUCAAAUCAUGAAUUACAUGAUUCAAUUUUACCAUAUCCAGGGGCAUGCUGGGACUGAGUUUUACCUAAUUUCGACCUACAUGUGAUGUCAUUUAUUUUGUUUUUCAAAAAUAAUGUGUAUGGGCUUUUUAAAACAAAAAACUUUGCAUUUAAGUGAUUUGAUGUUAGUACUGUCUGGUGGCACAAACUUCUUAAUAAAUUCAGAUUAAAAGUUUUGAAAGUAAUAAAAUAUUUCUAUUUGACACAAAUUUUAAGUAUUGAUUAAGCCUCCUGCAAUGUUUAAUCCAGACCGCAAGACCUUCUGCAAUGUAAAAAUUGUGAAUUAUUAUUGGUAAUGCGUUUUGCAAAUAAAUUUUCAAGAUGUAAAAUUUUCAACCUGCAUUAGUCAUGAUCACAGUAAAUUUAAAGAUUAUUUUACUGCUUAUUUUUUAACUGAACUUAGACUGCAUUUUGAAACCCAUCUUCAAUGACAUAUAGUAAAAGUAGACCCUUUAGAUUCCUAGAAAAUUAUCAUUCCAAGAAAAAUGAAUUUCUCAGCAUCUCUCUGAACACAAAAGGUUCCCCACCCCUGGUAGUGGUAAUCUGGUAAACAUAAUCAAUUUAAACAGUGCCAACACCAGAGUGAGAGGUCAAGAAUUUUCAUUUAACCCUUUUUACAUUAUUAGACUCCCUCAACAUAUUUUCCACAAAAAGCCAAUUAAAGACCCACUAUGGCUCCUUACCAUGUGGAACAUUUCUAGAACCACUUUUGCUUUCGAUCACAGUCCUUUGGUCCAACUAAUGUGUACCAUUAGAAAAUAUGGAUGUCUGAUGCAAACAAUUGGGAAACUCAAUUUAAAAAUGAUAGUUUCUAAAUUAUUUGAAGAUUUUAUAACUGUACAUCUAACAUCAACAUAUUGAAGUUGAAACGUGUUGAAAAAAUAAUGCAGACCUACAAAAAUGCCUCAAAUAAAACAUCUGCGGUCAUGUAAAAGAUGGUUUCACAGGGCAAAACUGUUUACUUUUUAUACUAAUUUUUUUUUAUGUUUCAGAACCUACAGUGAAGGGUUUUGACAGGAUCCCUAAUCUGGUGUCAUAAAUAACAUGAAAUCAAUUUUCUCUUUUUCUCAGCUCUAAAGAAGCCAGCACCCUCCUAACACUGAAGAAUGGUUCAGCUCUACUUCUUAAAGAAGUUCUCUACUCUCACCUGCAUCAAACUGCUGAACAGCAACAAUUAAAACAGCAACAGCCUGACAUUAAAACUGCUCUGAGGGAUGUUAGCAUAUUUACCCUCACUCCAGACCAAUGUGAAACGAUAUUAAGCUUACGUACAAAUUUGUCCAUUUCAUGACAGUGAUGAUCAUUUUAUUUCAAAAUACCACCCUAAGCCUUUCUACAUGGUACCUUAUGAGUAAGCCUGCAAGUUUUAAGAAAUUUUUAAAAGCAUCGUCAAUCUAUUAUUAAAAAGUGCAAAAGUUAAAUCGUUCCUAUUACUAUUAGCAAUUUAAAUAAAAUUAUGUCAGAAUUAUAAGUUUUAUUAGGCAUAAAUUGAUAAAUGCAACAACUGUGUUAUAAUGGGUGACUGAUGUGCAUCAGGAUGUUUCGAGUUUCACCUGGGUUUGGAAACUAAUACAUUUCCAGCCCUCCAUUUAUAAUGGAUAAAUAAGUCUUAGGACUUUUUAGAAUGUGAUUUAGUUAAGCACCCUACCUAUAUUUGUAUGAACGCCAGUAUGGGAUCAAGCAAUAGUUUGCUAUUGAUUUGUAGCAAACAAAGUGUCAAUUGAAUUUGUUUUAAAUUGUUGAUCUGAACAUUUCUGAAGAGUAGAUUGGUAAGGAGGAAGUAAGUUCACAUUUGUUGAUAGAAUUUUGUUAGAUUUUAAAAUUUACAUGUUUUUUUUGUUUGUGCAAGGAUUAAAUCACAUUUUGUUUUUAACUGUCUAUGGCGCAAUUAUUUAUCAAAAUAAUUCUUAGGGAAAUCUCUUCAGUUAUAAAGCCAUGAGACUUGACUUUGAUCUAGUUAAUUAGUUUAUAUCCAAAAUUAUUAUUAUUUUUUGUGUUAUUGGAGUAUGUAUGAUAUUAUGUUUCAACUCUCUCUUCUGGGUCUAGUGCCAUGGAGUUAUUAAGUACCUUCAAACUGUGCUGCUGUGAUGUUUUUCCGCUCUAGAUGAUUGACCAAUAUUUAUUGUGUACCUACAUGAAAUUAAACUAAAAUACAAAUCUCCCUUGCCUCUCACAUUGAUUUAAGUGUUGAAACCAUUCAUAUAGAAUAUAUUGGCAGCUUAUCAUUUAAGACACACAUAACCUUGCUGACCUUUAUCAGUAUAAGACAUAUAACUUCUUAAAAUUAGAAAUAAAUGUUCAGUACAAAUAAAGCAACAUUGUCAAUUAUAAAAAAACAAUUUUACUGGUUGUGUUCAUUGUUA